UUAUAAGGAAAUCAUAAGACUGGAAAAUUCUAAGAGAAAUAGUAUCUCAGUUGUCCAUGUUUGCAAAUGGGGAUUCAAAUUCCAAUGCAAAACCUUUGUAUGUAAACUGUGACCAAUGCUCGUAGCAGAAGGCAACAGAAUGCCUACCCUGAAAAUCCACUGUGAGUGUCUUUAGAAAAGCAGGCGAGGUUCCCUGGUUUAAUUGAUUGGGGAUUUGUUUGGGGAUUUCUUCAGGGCCUUCCUGACGACUCUAACCGUGGUCAUCUAUAAGAGAGGAAGGAGACAUUCUUUGGACAUCCCAGUGUUGAAGCAGGUCUUGUCUGUGAGCAGCCGUCAUGUCUUACAUGCUAGAGGCUUUGCCUGUGUUGGUUUGUGCUAUGGAAUUCACGCUGGGGAUGGUCGGGAACGGAUUCAUCGUGUUAACCAACAGCGCUGCCUGGGUCAGUUCCCGAAAGUUCUCCCUGAUCGACGUUAUCCUCACCUGCUUGGCUGUCUCGCGGAUCUGCUUUCUGGGGGUGACCAUGUUAAUGCUUCCCUUUAAGAUAACCCGCCAAGACAUGUUUCACUUGAAGAGUCGAGUGGUGGGUUUUGACAUGCUGUGGACCGGAUCCAACUACUUCUCCUCAGCCUGCAGCACCUGCCUCAGCAUGUUCUACUUCUUCAGGAUUGCCCGCUUCACCAGCCCCGUGUUCCUCUGGGUGAAAUGGAGAAUCCGCAAGGUGCUUCGUGUGGUCGUUCUGGCAGCAAUCGCCUCUUACUCUGUGUUUCUCAUUUUUGUGAAGACAUUAGUGAAGAACUUAGCCCAAGGAUGGGCACCGAGGGGAACAAACCUGACAUUCAAUGUCAUGGGAAGAAGCAUCAGGAACUUCGUAACCCAACACAUUCUCCUCAACUUGAUGCUCCUUUUCUUUUUUGUGGUGUCGCUGGUCUCUUUACUGCUUUUGACCCUUUCCUUGUGGCAACACAGUAGGCGGAUGAAGCAACAGGGCCUCCAUCGGAGUGACUUCAGCACCAAGGCCCACGUGAGGGCCUUGAAAACCAUUAUUUCUUUCCUGUUCUUCUUUAUUGUGCAUCAUGUUGCCAAAGCGACAGUCCUGGCUGGUUCUAUUUCUGACAAUGCUGGGACAAAUCGUUUUGCUUGUAUGCUAAUAUUUUUGAACCCCUCGGUGCAUCCGUUUCUUCUGAUUUUAUGGAACAGCAAAUUGAAGCAGGCGUGGUUGCACGUCCUGAGGAUGCUGAGAGGGGAAAUAACCGCUCGCUUCUACAAACAUUCCUGA